GGUGCGUCUCGCGCCUCAGUUUUUUACUUUAGAAGCAAACAAUCUUUCUAAAACAAAAAUUAAUAAUAAACUAAUUAACUUAGAAAUCAAACAUUUGGUUAUCGCUAUCAUAUGGUUAUCGUAUGCAUGAACGAGAAAUGCCAGAUCGUUAUCGGGUCUCCGAGCGCGCGCCCCCGGUUCCACCGAGAGCGUCACUGGACCGCACGCGCCCGCGCUCCGUUUCUACACCGGACGCUACCGUGAAGUGCGUGCUAGCAGGCGACGGAGGUGUAGGGAAGACCAGCCUGAUAGUGAGCUACACCACGAACGGAUACCCGGCGGAGCACGUGCCCACCGCCUUCGACAACUUUACAGUGUCGGUGGAUGUGGAUGGAAGACCAGUGCAGCUUCAGCUCUGUGACACGGCCGGACAGGAUGACCUCGAGUGUCUGCGCCCGUUGUGUUACCGUGACGCUGAUGUUUUUCUGCUCUGCUACAGCAUCAUUGCCCCGUCCUCUUUCCACAGUGUGAGGGAGCGCUGGGCUCCUGAAGUGCGCCGCUUGCACCCGGCGGCCCCCGUGGUCCUGGUGGGGACGCAGUCUGACCUGCGCGACGACGUGCAGGUCCUCAUCCGGCUAGCACGGCAGCAAGAACAGCCCGUGAGCGUAGAAGAAGCGAGGCAGGUCACCCGCAGCCUGGGGGUCAGUGCGUUCGCCGAGUGCUCGGCUUUAACGCAGAAGAACCUGAAGGCGGUCUUUGACACGGCCAUCAUGGUCAGUUUAGAGCACAAGGAGGAGCUGAAGGGGAUGAGGCAGAGGGUGAUGCUGAGGGAGAAAACACCUGAUAAGUUCAGACAGCUCUCACAGACCUGGUGGAGGAAACUCAGCUGUUUCAUGUGAGGAUGUUGGGAAAGGUUUUCUCCACCACUUAAGCCACAAUCUAUCUUCUCCACUAUACCCUAACACUGACACUGACAUUGGUGAGUGUGUGUGGUGCAGGUAUGAGUGCUGCAGGAUAUCACGGAGGCUUUGGAACACUGUUAAAUGCUUCACUGCACCUUCAUACACACACUUAGCUUGUUUUUCCAUCUUGUCAGCGUUCAAUUAGAAACCAAAGCUCUUUUUUCCCAUACACUAUGCAUGUUAAUCAUCCUCAAAACUUCACUGGUGUCGGUUUCUGACCACAGCACAGCUGUCGACUAGAGACGUGACACCGAGGUGGUCAAAAAUCAGAGAUUCAGCAAAUUGUGGUGGAUGUGGUGAACGUGCAGGAGGACAUAAACCAUCAAAUGUUACUUCAACUGAAAUUGAUGAAAAUAAAUAAGUAAAUAAAUUAUAAAUAAAUGAUAAAUUACACAAAUGAUUCACUGUGUGUCACUGAUGAUGAUCUAAACCUGAGACAUUUUGUGUCCUUCAUGCUAUAUCCAUGUUGCUUGUUAUGAAAUAUUCUGAUGUUUUGUUUUGUUUUUCUGUGUUAUGUGAAUUAUUUAUUUUAUUUAUUAGAAUAAUGUACCAGAGACGGUGCUUGUAAACCUUGUUGAUAAAACUCUGGCACUUAAGUCUCCAUAAUUUUCUCUCUGUUUGAAUGAAAGUGUGUUAUUUACAU